GACAAGCGCUCGCGCAGUGUACAUCGCAGGACCCGCGCCUCCGAGAUGGGCUGCCCCGUGAUCCACUCGCCGGCCGCCGCCGAGACCGCCUCCGCCGCCGCGGCCGCCCAGACGUCCGGCGGCGACUCUGCGGCGGCGGCGGCGGGCUCGGCGAGCACGAGCGGCUGCCCGGUGCACGCGAGAGGCUCGCCGGCGGGCGAGCGGCUCAACCCCGACAACGCGAUGCCGGCGGUGGCGAACCAGCUUCCCGCGGCUGGGCAGCGGCUGCCGCUGUCAAAGGAGAGGGUGGAGUCGACGAUCCCGCAGGCAGGUGCGGAGGGGGGCCACUGGGUGUACCCGUCGGCGCAGAUGUUUUACAACGCGAUGCGCCGGAAGGGCUUCGAGCCGCAAGAGGAGGACAUGCGCACCGUCGUCGCCAUCCACAACACUGUCAACGAGCGCACGUGGCGCGAGAUCUUGCUCUGGGAGCGCCACUACCCCGAGUGCGUCGACGACCUCAAGCUGGUGCGGUUCGGCGGCGUGCCCGACGAGCCGACUCCAAAGGCGCGCCUGUUUACCGCCGUCGGCUACAAGCCCCCGUUCGACCGGCAUGACUGGGUCGUCUCGCGGUGCGGCAGGGAGGUCCGCUACCUCAUCGACUACUACAACGCGAGGCCCAUCGCCGGCAAGCCGGUCGCGAUGCACAUCGACGCGCGGCCCGCCGCCGACGACCUGCAGGGGGCGUGGGAGCGAGUGCGCAUGCCCUUCCUGCGCUUGUGGAACGCGGGGCGCGGACCCUGACCCACAGAGAGCCCAAAGAGACUCUCGGUUGAGUACCGUACGCGCGACGGCCGCACGCGCACGUUCAACAGGUCGUUGUGCUUGUAUGUGUGCUCUUGUAGCUUGGGUAAGGCAUCGUGACGCCU